GAGUGUGGGCACUUAGCGUGACUCUGUGUCACCUUACUGUCAGAAACGUGGGCUGCAUGCUUUUGUAUAGCGAUGGGUGCUCAUGGGUUCUGCGCAUGCCUGGUUCAUCUCUAAUGAGCUUGCGGUUUAUUUUAAAAGGAAAGCAAACAUGAAUGAAGUAGAUUAUUUCCAAAAGCACAACACCGAGAGUCUGAUUUCUGAAGAAAAGCCCGAAGUUAAACUUGUGGGAGUCCCUCGGCAGCAGGAUGACGCAAACCAAACGGCCGUGUUACCCGCAGAUGUUCAGCAGCUGUUGGUCGUUAAAGAAGAGGUUCCCUGGAGCCCCAGUCUGGACCAGCAGGAACCAGAGCAUCUCCACAUAAAGAAGGAGCAACGGGAAUUCUGGAGAAGUCAGGAGGGACAGCAGCUUAAUGACCUGGAGGAGACCGAUAUCACCAGCUUACCUGUGAAGAGUGAAGACGAUGAGGAGAACUUUAUGUCCUCUGAAGACUGCUCAGAGGCCAAAGUGCCAAACAGCAGCUCAGCCAAACAGAUGAAUACAGAAACUAAUGGAGGUAUACAGCAGUCAGAUGUUAAGUUGCACACUGAAGAGAAACCAUUUGGUUGUGACAGCUGUGGUAAAGCAUUUAGUUGCAACAUGCAUCUUAUAAGACACACGAGAGUCCACACAGGAGAGAGACCUUUUGUUUGUGAUGUUUGUGGUGAAAGAUUUACACAACAGGAAGUUCUGAAGAGACACAUGAUAGUUCACACAGGAGAGAAGCCAUUUGUUUGUGAUAUUUGUAGAAAAACAUUCAGACAUCAGAAUACUCUUAAGAGACACACAAGUGUCCACACAGGAGAGAAACCAUUUGAAUGUGGUUUCUGUGGUCAAAGGUUUAGCCAGAAGACUCAUCUCAAACAACACGCAAGAGUUCACACAGGAGAGAAACCGUUUAGUUGUAACAACUGCGGUAAAACAUUCCGUCGCCAUGCACAUCUUAAGAGGCACACAAGUGUCCACACUUGAGAGAAACCAUUCAGCUGUGGAGUUUGCAGCGAAAGAUUUACCAGACAGGGAAAUCUGAAGAGACACAUGAGGGUCCAUACUGGAUAGAUACUGUACACUUACAGUUUGUUUUCGAUAAUACUUAUCUCAUCUAUUCUUUCAUUCUUUGUAUAUUUAUUACAACAUCAAAACCAAAAAAUGAGAUUACAGGUCACCCAGAUUACAGGUCAAUUAUUGACCUAUCUUAGGGAGAGAAACAUGAAACUUUCAGACUGUUUGAUGCCAAAAAAAAAAAUCCCAAGAUCAGCAGUGAGGACCAGCACUUUUGAAAUAAUGCACUCUGAGGAAACUAAGAUGGAGUUAUUUGGCCACAUUAGCAGAUCUAACUGGGGAUGGGUUAAAAAUGCUGGGUUCAAAGCCUUGAUGCAGGUUGGAGAAUUUUUGAACAGAAAGGCAGUAAAAUACCUUUUUCAUACUGAUGUUAGA